AUGGGUUUCCGUAUAGCAAAUAUUAUUAGACGAGCAUCAUUCUCUGCAUCCCAAGCAGCCUCCAAGGAGGUUGAAGUACCAAAAGGCUAUCUUGCGGUCUAUGUUGGAGAUAAAAUGAUGCGGUUUGUGAUUCCAGUAUCAUAUUUGAACCAACCUUCAUUUCAAGAUUUACUAAGUCAAGCAGAAGAAGAAUUUGGAUAUGAUCAUCCAACAGGCGGUCUCACAAUUCCAUGCAGGGAGGAUGAGUUCCUAGGCCUCACUUCUUGCUUGAAUGGAUUGUAACUAAUAGGGACUUAGAUACCUUAUACAUAGCUCAUAGCUGAGACAAAUUUGUACAGAAGGCACUUUCAUUUUUUCAAGAUUUUCCAUUUCAGUUUCUUCCUUGUGGCCUAC